GCUAGAGUAACUGUCAAACUCCUUUCAGUUGGGGGCAAAGAGAGAAGGCAGCCAGCUUACAACCAUGAAACUAAAAACAGGGAGGCAAAGACAAGAAGAAUGUCCCCGAGUCUGAGACCGUAUGGUGAUAUCAGCACGGUGAGAUCCAGAACGUAAGCCACAGAGAAAAGCCUAUCUCAGGGAAGAACCCUUCACAAGCAUCUGCCUGAUUAAAUGAAGACCACUGCUUCUGGAAGUUCAGUGAUAUCACCAACUAUAUAAGAACGCAGGGUCAAGCUGGCCCAAGGAUCAAAGCCUACACAGAGAGGAGAGAAGAGAGAUGUAAGGUCAACUGGGGUCAGAACAACUGAAAAAAAGGACUCUUGGAGAAGGAACUGAAAGAGGAGUCUUAGCAUUCAUAAUCUCCACAACCCUGCCCUUUAUACAAUCAAAAUGGAGCCCCUGAUCUCUUCCUUUGGUCAUAGACAGAUGCUGACAGCUCGCAACGCAGAUCAACUGAGAUGGUUUCUCAACUACAUUGCCCCAACCCAUAUGCCGCUCUCCUUCCUUCUAAAGAGUUAUCUGGGUAUACAAUGGACACUGAAGGGAUAUAAUCUUUUGGAAUGUUACACAUCAUAUGCACAUUAUAAACACCUCCAUCAAUGAACCUUAUGAAAAAGACUGCCAUGAUCUCAAAAGCUUAAAGUCAUGGCAAGUCCUGUCAAGCCAAGAUUAACUCUUUGACCAUCACAGGCCUCAGGCUUCAUGGAUGAAGCUGGUCUUCUCAAUUCUUCUCCACUCAAUCCUGUCUUGUAGCUCAGAAUCUGACCUUCCAAUUGGCUACUUAUUGAUUUAUGACAUCAUUCUCCCACCCAGCCUAUCAGUACCUGGUAGAAUCCAGGUUUCCAUGGAGCUGCCUGUAAACAAAUUUGGAUCAUCACGGUUUACCUGUGACCAGUGACCAGUUGACUCUGUUUAAUGCUGGACACACUCGCGGGUUUGGUCAACGAUCAGACAAAAACAACCAUUUAUCCUGCUCUGUUCUGGUGUGGAUUACUGUUACUUCUCCCCGUACCACACAAUCAUGUCAGAAAAUGUCCAAAGUUUUCCUUUCUUUGGAACAGAAAGUGCUCCUCAGCCGCUGAACAACUUCACACCCUCAGGAAGGGUGUGCAACAUCUCUAGGGUUUCCACCCCUGCUGUGAGUUUAGCCUGGGUCCUGCCGCCAACCACCAGCACUUCUCUCCAGCUGAUUGCGGGCAGAGCCUACCUCAACCCACAGGCCAGCACGACCAUGCUGGUGGAGCUGACUGACCAGAGACAGAACUCAACCUCUGCACUCUUCUAUCCAGGUGCUCUCAAGUGGGAUCUCACAGAAAGUAAAGGCAAUACGACUAUCACUGACCAGGACACUACACUCUCCUCCCUGUCUGUGACAGCCCAAUGGGAUGAAAGUUUAGUUCCCAAUACCACACUCCCUUUCUCUCCAACACUUUUCACCAACUUUGUCCAGGUCACACCACCUCAGGUGGCAAAUCGGGAAUACAGCCUGGCACUUCCCUACCAGGAGGGCAGCCAGACGUACUACUACAACUACAAUAGCCUGGGCCCUCUGAUGCCCGGAGAGCUAGGACAGUGUCUGCAGCCCUACGGCUCUGUGUCCUACCCUGCGAGUGAGGAGUGUGCCCCUCAACCAGAGGUGGGGGUGGUGGAAAAGGAGAUUCAGCCACGGAAUCUCCAAAUACCACUCUCCACCUCUGACCUCUCCCGUUCCACAUCUGUGCAAAAUACGCCAGACACCAGUCUUCUGGUGGUGGACACGGAGACGUUCCCAGGAUUGCCGCCUUCAGGCCAGACACUCUGUCUGUUGGAGAGUCCAGAACUCUGCACUAUUUCCACCGAAGUUUUCCAGAUGAGGACACCACCUGUCCAUGGGCACGGGUCAUUGGCAGGCCCCAUCUGCUGUCCUUCAGAAAUCCUGGCCUUGCCUCCCGCUCCAGGACCGGAACAAAGAGAGAACGGAAACAUGCAUGAGGUGAAAGCUGAACUGUCAAAGCCUCCGGAUGCCUAUGUGGGCACUAAAGAAAACCAAGACCCAUCACACCUUCCUUUAGUGGACUACACUGAUACAAGAAGACUGAGACAGAAGUCUGCUUCUGACAGUGCCAGCUUGGGAGGCAUCGGCAUGGGUCUGGAAGAGAGAGGGGAGCUGGAAAAUGAGAGUGGAUCCAGCAUCAACUUUGAAGACAUCGCUACACUCGAGGAAGAUAAUGACUUUCCCCAACUUUUCAAAACCCUCAACGACAUAGACCAGGACCCUCUCCUUCAGAACUGGGGAGUCAUGAGCAGCCCCUCUGAAAAGGUGAGGAAGAAUGACCUAAACGCCUCAGACCAGCUUGAUGGAGCUCCUCAGGCCAAAAUCCAGUACCAGGACCUGGUAGAGGGAGAGAGGGCUAUGGGCAGUACGGGGGACAAGGACGGGACUAUUGACAAAAUCACAAAGCAUCUGGAGGGCAAAGCUCCCAAAGUGGCCCCUAGCAGGCACAGCAAAGGUAGAAAACUGGGGCAAGAAGGACCAAGUGGACCAGAGAACAACUCUAAGAAAACAGACGAGCUUAAGCAGUCCAGGAAAAGAGUCAAAGCAGAAGAGAAGCCCACCGUCCCCAAGACCAAGAGGAAGAGGAAUCCACCUGAACUCAGUCAAACCAGCUUUAAGAAGCCUCGAACCCACCUUGGCAUGCACAUGCUGGAGUCCGUGCAGAUCUUUCACCCACUGGGGAAGAAGAAUGAGAAGAAAACUGGCAUCUCCUCCUUCCGGGGUCUGCAAACCUUCACUAGCAACAAGCCAGGCCCAGCCACUCCAACACUGCUGGAUAUGCCACAUGGGGGCCAGGGCUUUGACAGAAGCCCAGGCAAAGUUCCAAGAUCAGAGACCAGUGCUCACAAGGAGUGUCCAUCUCCAUCCAAGAACAAGAUGCCCACAGCUGGGAAGGUCAGAUUAGUACCUCUGCCAUUCCCAACCCUGGACCAGCCUCAAGCCAGACCUGUUUCUAGAAAGCCCCUCCCUCUGGCUUCGCACAGGCCCACUGCAGCUUACCCUGUGCAGCCUCACUCCCACUCAGCUCAUCCAUGCCAACUAGCUCCUGUUAACACAUCUCUGAUGUCCUCUGCCAAGCCAGCUCUGCCAAUUUCCUCCAGUGCCACACGACCUAAUGUAGGCAAAACCGUCCAGUCUAGGUCUGUGCCUCCGUUGGCCUACAUGAGGCCUGUGCCUUACAGAGUACCAUCUCAUGCUUCCUUCCAGAGAGAGCUCGUUUCUGCUGCCAGGAACAAGGCACCAUCACCACCCAAACCUCAGACCCAGUAUCAACUGCAAGACUUCAGCUGCCAAUCGAUUCCAUGGAGGGAAGUUGAUAUUCUGGGACCAGUCAUCUCACAGCCCAUCACGAAAGAGCAGAGGCCAGAGAGGGAGGCCAUGAAGAGGCGGGCCCAACAGGAGCGUGAGAAUGCUGCCAAGUACAGCUGUUCUGGGAAACUGCAGCUUUUCCUUCACAGGGAGAAGGAUAUGGAAAUUUCUCAAUAUUAUGGGUACGCAGUGUAAGAGCUGGCCAUUGUAACAUAGUGCUUUUGAUGUGCACAGUAAGAGGUACAAACACAGAUACAGAUAUAAACAUAGGACUUUAAGGAUCAUAUGAAUGUGUAGAUGCAUAAGUAAAUGUGUAGCUAAGUAGAUGAAUAUGUAGGUGUUUAAUAUAAAUGAACAUAUUCUUAUAAUACGUGUAAAUAUUCGAAGCCAGGAAAAUUAACUGGAGUAACUGAAGUCAAUUCUUUAAUCCAUAGCAUAUGCAGAGGCCUUUGUUGUUGUUCUUGUAACUUUGAUAUUGUUAAUUUUGACUGACAACGUGUAGUAUAUGUUACAUAACUACAUCAUAUGAUAUAAAACUGAUAAUAUAUAUUUACUAUUAAAAUAAUUCAUCCUUCAUGCUGUUUGUAUUAAAA